AACCUUUAAAUCUCUCUGUAGUGUUUAUCAUCCUCAUCAUCUUCGUGCAAAAGUCCCAUCACCUUCAUCUCUUUCUCUCUCUAAACCCCCAUUUUCUCUCUCUACAAUUCAACUGAUUACCGUCUCGAUCAACCGUCUCCGGCCAUGGCUAACGCUGCAUCUGGGAUGGCUGUGCAUGAUGAAUGCAAACUAAAGUUUUUGGAACUGAAGGCAAAAAGAACAUUCCGUUAUAUUAUUUUUAAGAUUGAGGAGAAACAAAAGGAAGUGAUCGUGGAAAAAGUUGGCGAGCCAACCCAAAGCCACGAAGAUUUUGCUGCGUCACUACCUGCUGGUGAAUGUCGAUACGCUGUCUUUGAUUAUGACUUUGUUACUGCAGAGAAUUGCCAAAAAAGCAGGAUCUUUUUCAUUGCAUGGUCUCCCGAUACCGCAAAGGUGAGAAACAAAAUGAUUUACGCGAGCUCCAAGGACCGAUUCAAGAGGGAACUUGAUGGAAUCCAGGUCGAGCUUCAAGCAACGGACCCCACUGAGAUGGACCUUGAUGUAUUCAAAAGCCGGGCCAAUUAAAACAAAACGGUGAAAAUUGAUAUUAUGAUCAAGAGAGAUGUUAAUUUGCCUAUGGUAUGUUUCUGGUUUGUGUUUGAAGUGGUAUUUGCAGUGAUUUUGGUACUUUUUUUUGACCCUUUUUAUGGUUUUGGUUUUGGUCUUGGUCUACCUAAGUAGCAAAUUCAGUGAUCUUUGGCAAAUAUUUUGUUAUGUGAAAAACUUAUUACAUGGAUUUCCAUUAUAUUACCUUUUGAUUUGUUCUGUAACACUAUUUAAGUGGUUGGAAAACAUUGAUCAUUGCUAUAUAAGAAAAUUAUACAUGACAUCA